AUGCAGCAACGCGAGCAGGAUUUACAAAGGAAACUAAGAGUGGUUAAAGAACGUUAUCAGGACUCUCAAAGCCACCUAACGGAUAUUGAACAACAUGAACAAAAUAUGCAGCGGCUAUUGAGAGAGCUUCAGGAACGAGAAAAAAAAUCUCAAAGGCAACUGAUGGAGUUUCAACAACGUGAAAAAAAUAUGCAGCGGUUGUUGAGAGAGCUUCAGGAAAGAGAAGAAAAUUCUCAGAGGCAGCUGAGGGAGUUUCAACAACGUGAAGAAAAUUCCCAGAGGCAGCUGAGGGAGUUUCAACAACGUGAAGAAAAUUCCCAGAGGCAGCUGAGGGAGUUUCAACAACGUGAAGAAAAUUCCCAGAGGCAGCUGAGGGAGUUUCAACAACGUGAAGAAAAUUCCCAGAGGCAGCUGAGGGAGUUUCGACAACGUGAAGAAAAUUCCCAGAGGCAGCUGGUGGAGUUGCAGCUGCAACUGAGGGAGAUAGGACAGCAGUUGACCAAUUGCCGAGGACAAGUUUCUGAACUACAGUUAAGUCUUUCAACAGCACAGGAAACAAUAAAUCAAUUGCGGAACCAGGAAACACGUGACUGGGUUAUUCCUCGGGACGAAAUUCAAAUCACAGGGAAAUACCUUGGGAGGGGAGGAUGGGGAAUUGUCAAUGAGGGAACGUAUUGUGGCUGUUCUGUAGCAGUGAAACAGAUCCAUGAGUUGAUUCUUUCUCGUCAUAACAUAAAUCUAUUUGAAAGAGAAAUGAAUAUCGCUUCUAAAUGCCGCCAUCCUCACUUACUACAGUUCAUCGGCGCCACGAAAGAUGAGGGAACUCCUCUGUUUGUGACCGAGCUGAUGGAGAAAAGUCUGCGCACUUUGUUGGAGCAGCGGCAACUCUCCGAGACAGAAAUAGCCGUCAUUUCUCUGGAUGUAGCACGUGCCCUGAACUACCUUCAUCGAAAGAAACCAGAGCCUAUCAUUCACCGUGACGUCAGCAGUGCGAAUGUGUUGCUAUGGCGACAGGGUGACCAAUGGAGAGGCAAAGUGUCAGAUUAUGGCACUGCUAAUUUCAUGCAGCAGACAAUGACAGUGGCUCCUGGAGCUAUGAUUUACAGCGGACCUGAAGCACUUACAUCAAACCAAACAAUCAAGGUAAGUUUUAGUCACUGUUCAGGGCUGUUAACAUUAACAUAAGAAUUAAGUGACCCUUACCCAUGCAUCGUAUCGGUCGUGGUUUCUUCUUUCCAUUGUCAUCGUCGUGGAUCACGGAAGAAGUGGCCGCGUUAGUUUGUUGGCUUUAUAAUGGCACAGUGUUAUGUUUUGUUAUUGUUGUUUUUCUUUUUUAAGCUGAGUAGAAAACUGUUGUACCUGUUUAGCCUCUUGACUUAUGCAACGGACAGUUUUAUUGCAAAGUGUCCUGUUGAAUUUCUCGUUUUAUAAGAUACCUGUAAAUCUGUUCAAAAUUAGUCAAGUAUCUGCCAUUUUUGGCGGUGAUUUUGCCACAACGCCCAUAUUUAGCUCAUUGUUUAAAAUUAACCAAAUCCAUCGGUGAGCACCGAAAUCUGGUCUUAAUUGUGCUCUUAAACGGCGAAAUUUCAAUCAUCCCUUCUAUGAGCUCCCUCGUGCUCUGACCGCAUUUUCGCGCGCUCAAAUUCUCCCCCCUCCUACGCUUGUAAGUUAUCAGUCAACCUCAUUUAGACCAUCUCAUCAGUGAAUUGGUUCCGGUGCAGCUUUAAGACGUUUAGUCACUACAACAUGUAGAUUAUAUAAAUAACGAGACGCCUAAAAGUUGUCCCUGUAGGAUAAAAGGCGGAAAAAUGUUAUUUGAAAAGGGUUUUUCCGGUCUGUCUACAGUCCCCGUAUAAUCGCUAUUUUUGCUCAAAAUCUCGCUCAUAGAUUCUUAUAUUAAAGAGCUUUUUUGCCUCCAAAUGGACCCCAGUGUUUAUCCGCAACGGUAAUUCUCCGGUUUGGGUCUCAGAGGACUCAGUUCACCUGUUUUGAACAACUGCCCCGAAUAAUACCCCUGCAAUGAAAACCUAGCCUGCGUUCCAGACGUAACGUAACCAAACCCAGUAAGUAACGUCUGCGAAACAGCGCCUAAAUUCUUUGUUCUAAGCCUCCACCAUUGUAUCAAGAUUUUAGUACGCGCCAUGAUUGGCCUGUUAAAGAAGCCAUUGCCAAUUUACCAAUCAUUUUGAAAGGAAAUUCGAAACACUCUUCCGGUGAUUCGUUGAAUCCAUAGGGGUCCAGAACAAGGAUCUCACCGCUACUUUGCAGACUUUUCUAACCGGGGUUAGAUAACGUCCUCGACGCAGGCUAUUAAAAGCAAACCUCGUUGGAUUUUUACUAACUGCAGCAGGAUUAGCUCAGUCGUUGACUGAAGAGCGGGAGUUGGAGGGUUCAAUUCCCCGGGUCGGACCAAUACUUAAGGUCUUAGAAAUGAAGGCACUCCCUUUACACUGCAAGCGGCUGGACCUUCGCGUGUCUUGGAUGACCAGGUAAAAUGGCGAUCGUGUGUCCAUUUGGAGACGUUAAAAUAGUGUCCCCAAUUAAUACUUUCCUGCUAAAUACCUUGACACUCAGGUAAAUUGCAUUUUUUUAAACAAUAUUGACUUCUUCAAAUUAUGUUUUAUUGUUGCUAGGUUGAUGUCUACAGCUUUGGUGCUCUUCUUUGCGAAAUGUGCAUCCGGCAGCUUCCAGAUCCUCAAAGGCGUAACGAACAAGUGGUGCUGGUAACGAACGGUGUGUUUCGUGGCCUGGUGUGGCGAUGCAUGCAAAGAGAGCCUGGGGCGAGACCAACCAUGCAGGAGAUAAUCGAUGAACUGAAAGACUUCGAUCCAACUUCUUAAUUGUAGAAAGAACGGUAUGCAAUAUGCCGAUUGAAAACUCGCAGUUUUUAAGAACUUCCUGUGGAAAAGUUGAAAAAGUAGGAACAGUUUUGCUUGACGGUUUUUUUUUAAAGUAAUUCCGAAAAAGGUGACCAUAUUCGCGAGCGCUUACUCAGCUCUUAGUUGUUGCAGGGAAAUAAUGCAGUUUCCGUAGAAGUCAGGUACUUGUAGUAAAGAGCUAAAACAAUGAAAAUCAAGUGGCAAAUGCCAGUAGCAAAUGAAAUGUAACUACAUAGCACAUGAUAACCAAUCAAAAUCAAUAAAAAAAAUGGCGACUAUGUAAGCUGUUCAGCUUCAACUGAAAAGAAAAAUGGAUGAAACUAACUGGUCUUUAGGCUUUGACA